UGAAAAUUAGUUUACACAAUUUUGUUGAAAUGGAAACCGAGCCGGUGCAACAAUCAUCGAACGAAAACAAACCCGUCGUGGUGAUUUUGCACGAAAAAAUAGGAAGGAGAAAAUCGGAUCGGUACAUCCUCAAUAUAGCUCUAGCCUACCAGAAACUAGGAUAUGAAAUUAACAUUUUAACGACGCAAUUCGAAGCGCAAGAUGUCCUUAACGAACUACCGUUUUCAGAUGCUAAAGUAGAAUAUUGCGCCUGGUGGAUCCCCAAAAGCCUCUUGGGCUGUUUCAAAGACUGGUUCUCAUCGCUCAAAGCCAUUUGCAUGGCCGCCAAGUUGAUAUUUAACCCGCCGGUUCCCAAACCUGAGCUCGUUGUACUAGACGUGAACCUAUGGGCUCUGUACCUCCUCAAAUCCUUCACAGACUACAAAGUUUUCUACGUGGAAAACUUUACAGAAUUGAAGAACACCGACGCUUGUUACGAGCACUCCAAAGUCAACCCCUCCUUGUUAACAGCCAAAUGGAUUAAACUAGCAGACGAAGUUAUAGUAGAAACGGUGGGGUUCAGCGAUAUCCUCAGGAAAUCCUACCCAUCGUUCAACAAAAAACCAAUCGUAUUGUACCCUUCGAUAGAUAUAGGUUUGUGGAACGAGCCGGGCAUCAGCAUACAAAGGAUCAUACCGGACUUGAUGACGGACAAUAUACUGUUUCUGAGCAUCGGGAAGUUCAGAAGAUCCACCAAUUUCAGACUGGUGCUGGACGCCUUCGAGCUCUUCCUCGAGCUGGUCGAAGACAAAGCGAUGAUCAAAAGGUUCCAGCUAGUGCUGGCGGGGAAAUGCAAAUCCCUAGACGAGAAAUUCUACUACAACGAACUCAUGGCGGUGGCCAAACAAAGAGUCAGCGCCUCCCAGGUGACCUUCCUCCGGCAACUACCCACUGUACACGAGAAGACUUUGAUAGCUGAGUCCGCGGUAGCCAUCCAUCCGGCAAAGAACGACGUUUUCUCCGACUUCGUGCUGAAGGCCAUGUCGGCGGGCAAGCCCAUCGUCGCCUGCAACAAGGGCAUCGCCUCCAAGAUGCUGGUGCACCGCGUGUCCGGCGUCGUGGUGGAUCCCGAGCCCAAGGUGUUCGCCGUCGCCAUGAAGAAGCUGAUCGCCACGCCGCACCUGCAGGUCUUCCUCGGCGACAUGGCCAAGGAGGCGUUCGACCAGUGCUAUUCCUUCGGCAGCUUCUGCGAGAGGAUCAGCGCCGCUAACAAGAAGCUGGCCGGCUCGUCGAGCUCCAUUUACCGGAAUUGAUGAUUGUUUUUUUUUGUAUUGUCUACUUAUUUUAUU